UGAAAGCCAAGGCUCAUUCCCUAAGAGCACAAGAACUUUCGAAGCCUGCAGAAUAGAAGCAACUCAGUGUAGGCACUAGCAGCUUCCACAUGAAUUCUAGCACAUAAAAGGAAAUAAAGGAAAUGUAUCGCCAACAUCAAGGAAAGCAUGACCUGUUCUCUUCUAGGGCAGCCUUUCCACCAGAAAGGCAUCUAUUCCUACAAGGAGGAAAUUCUCCAGGAAAUUCAGGACUAAUUCUCUCAACUGAUGCUAAGCCUAGGCUGAAAUGGACCCCUGAGCUCCAUCAACGUUUUAUAGAAGCGGUGAAUCAACUUGGUGGAGCAGAUAAGGCUACUCCAAAAACAGUUAUGAAGCUUAUGGGCAUUCCAGGACUGACCUUGUAUCACCUAAAAAGCCAUCUUCAGAAAUACAGGCUCAGUAAAAAUCUUCAAGCUCAAGUUAAUACUGGAAGCAUAAAUAAUGUUACAGGAUCCAUGAUAGCUGCUGACCGGACAUCUGGAGUGAGUGGAUCACUAAUGGACGAUACAAACAUUGUGUCUCAUUCAAACAAAACAAUGCAGAUAAGCAAAGCACUUCAGAUGAAUAUUGAAGCGCAAAGACAGCUACAUGAGCAACUAGAGGUCCAAAGGCACUUACAGCUCCGGAUAGAGGCCCAGGGAAAGUACCUGCAAUCAGUGCUGGAAAAGGCCCAAGAGACUCUUGGCAAGCAGAGCAUGGAUUCUGUAGGGCUGGAAGCUGCCAAAGUGCAACUCUCUGAACUGGUCUCUAAAGUAUCAAAAGAAUGUUUUGGUACUGCAUUUCAAAGUUUGAAAGAAUCUUCCAGUUUACACACCCUGCAAGGACAGACGACCCAAUUUGCUGAUUAUUCAGGGGAUGGUUGCCUAAUUUCAUGUGAAGAAUUCCAAAAGGACCAAGAAACACAUAAUGUCUGCGUUGGAUUAAGAACUUGUCCUAGCAAUUCACUCCCAUGCACUCAACAGUUAGGGAAGGAUUCCACACUUGAACAGACUCGAUUUGCAUGGGGCGGGAAUGUGAAUCAGCAUAGCUUGCUUCAUUCAUCCACAGUGAAAAAAUCUGAAAUGUCAAUUGUUCCAGUUGAUGGAGAGUCCAACAUAGUAUCAAAGAAUAUUAAAGUGCAAGGAGAAAAUAGAUGCAGUAUUAGCAUUUUUGAGGCAAGACGAAAAGGAAUAGAUGGAUAUGACUCUUAUCUUGAAUUGCCAAACUGCAAGAAAGCAGCAGUCAUGCAAGAGAGAGAAAAGCAGCUGAAUGAAUUUGCAUUGCCAUGUCUAACAUCACAGCUGGAUCUAAAUUCCCAUGAUCACAAUGAUCCUCCUCCAGGCUGCAGGCAAUUUGAUUUGAAUGGUUUCAGCUGGAGCUGA